AUGGACCGCGUUCUCACCGCGCUGAUGGACCUGGUGGUGCCGCCGGCGAGCAUGGUGAUGCUAGCCUUCGCGUGGCCCACGCUCGCCUUCCUCCGCGCCGCCGAGUGGGCCGUCAAGGCGCUCACCAAGGAGGACAUGCGCGACAAGGUGGUCCUCGUCACCGGCGCCUCCUCCGCCAUCGGCGAGCAGGUGGCGUACGAGUACGCGCGGCGCGGCGCCAGCCUGGUGCUGGUGGCGCGGCGGGAGCACCGGCUCUUCGCGGUCCGGGACAACGCGCGCGCGCUGGGGGCGGGCCAGGUGCUCGUCGUCGCCGCCGACGUCGUCAGGGAGGACGACUGCCGCAGGCUCGUCGCCGACACCAUCAGCUACUUCGGGCAGCUGGAUCACCUCGUCAACACGGUGAGCCUGGGCCACGACUUCUACUUCGAGGAGGCCGGCGACACCACCGCGUUCCCUCACCUCAUGGACAUCAACUUCUGGGGGAACGUGUACCCGACGUACGCCGCGCUGCCGUACCUGCGCCGGAGCCACGGCCGGAUCGUUGUCAACGCCUCCGUCGAGACCUGGCUGCCCAUGCCACGGAUGAGCCUCUACUCCGCGGCGAAGGCGGCGGUGAUCGACUUCUACGAGACGCUGCGGUACGAGGUGAAGGACGACGUGGGCAUCACCGUGGCCACGCACGGCUGGAUCGGCGGCGAGCCCGGCGCCGGCAGGUUCGCGCUCGAGGAAGGCGCGCCCGCGGCCGCUACGGACCAGACGCAGACGCAGACGCAGCCCCACCUGAAGGUCGACGCGCCGGAGCUGCCGGCGGCGGCAGCCGCGCAGGUGGAGGCGUACGCGCGGGCGGUGGUGGACGGCGCGUGCCGCGGGGACGCCAGGGUGCGGCGGCCCGGCUGGUACGACGUGUUCCUCGUCUUCCGCGCCUUCGCGCCCGACGUGCUCGCCUGGACGUUCCGCCUGCUGCUGUCCACGGCGGCGCCUGCGCCUGCUGCUCCGCGGGCGGUCGUUGCUCCCGCGGGUGUCGCGGCCGCGGCGCUGCCGGCUCCGCCUGUCCGGCCGCUGAUCGAGUACCCGGUCACCGCGGCGGGUCGCAGGCCGGCCGGCGCGGUGGCCCAGCUGCACAAGCUCGAGUGA